AUGACUACGAAUGUCGCUCUCGAGACCUCAAUGGGCACCAUAAUUCUCGAGCUCUACACCGCCCACGCGCCCAAAACCUGCACAAACUUCUCCACCCUCGCAUCGCGCGGCUACUACAACGACACCAUAAUCCACCGCAUCAUCCCAAACUUCAUGGUCCAGGCCGGCGACCCCACGGGCACCGGCCGCGGCGGCACCUCCAUCUACGGCGAGAAGUUCGCCGACGAGAUCCACCCCUCCCUUAAGCACACCGGCGCCGGCGUGCUGUCCAUGGCCAACGCCGGCCCGGACACCAACGGGUCCCAGUUCUUCAUCACACUGGCCCCGACCCCAUGGCUGGACGGCAAGCACACCAUCUUCGGGCGCGUCAAGAACGGACUGAGUGUCGUCAAGAGGAUGGGGCUCGUCAAGACGGGGCCGGAGGACAGGCCUUUGGAGGAGGUCAAGAUCCUUAGGGCGUCUGUUGUUGAGGAGGGCGGUGCCGACGACCAGUAG